CAACACCUCAAAACCAUAGACUGUAAGCUCAAAACACGUAACAUAGCCAUAACAUGUUAUGUUUGCCUGUUGCCGAGCCCCGCCUUGAUGCAGUGAUUGACAGGGUGGGAGGGGGCAGGGCGGGGCAGGGGCGUGAUCGGCUGGGAAUGCAUUUUCAAUGUGCACAUUGAAUUUUGCUACAUUCAUUGCGGGACAUUUAAUGAAAAAGCAAUCGCAAGUGUCUUGACUGUCAUGUCAUCCAUAAAGAUCGAGUGUGUAAUCAAAGAAAAGAAUGAGGUUGGAGAGAGUCCAGUCUGGGAGGAGAAGGACUCCUCUUUGGUAUAUGUUGAUAUUUCAGGUCAAAGGGUCAGCCGAUGGAGCUCUCUGACCAGUCAAAUAGAGAGUAUUGCUACAGAGAAACCUGUGGGUUCUGUGGUUCCACGCCAGUCAGGUGGUUACGUAAUUGCAGAGGGAACUCGAUUUGCGUUUGCUGACUGGGGAAAGCAUACUAUUACAACUGUUGCUCAACUGGACAAGGAAAAAACCAACACCCGCUUCAAUGAUGGAAAAGUCGAUCCAGCCGGCAGGUUUUUUGCAGGUACCAUGGGUAUGGUAUUGCGGCCUGCAGUUGUGGAGAGGAAACAGGGGUCUUUGUACACCCUCUAUCCUGACCAUUCUGUUGUCCAGAAUUUUGACCAAGUGGACAUCUCCAAUGGUUUGGACUGGUCACUGGAUCACAGCGUCUUCUACUACAUAGACAGCCUGGCAUUCAAGGUGGAAGCCUUUGAUUAUGACAUCCAGACUGGAGGGCUAUCUAACCGCAGAGUGGUUUACAAGAUGGAGAAGGAUGAAGGCAUACCAGAUGGUAUGUGUAUAGACGCAGAAGGCAAACUGUGGGUCGCCUGCUACAAUGGAGGAAGAGUGCUGCGCAUUGACCCACAAACAGGAACACGGCUACAAACCGUAAAACUACCAGUUGAGAAAACCACAUCAUGCUGUUUUGGUGGGAAGGACUACAGCGAUCUCUACGUCACCACAGCGUAUAAAGGCAUGGAUGAACAUUCACUGGCCAAACAGCCUGAGGCCGGCUGCAUAUUUAAGGUUUCCGGUUUAGGGUUCAAGGGCAUCCCACCAUACUCUUUUACUGGAUGAAAACCAAGGAGACGUGAUGUUCAUUAAAGCAUCACAUUCAUUUUGCUGUCACAAUGUUGUAAUCAUGCAGUCAGUAAUAUAACUCCUAAUGAUAUUGAAAAUCUGACCUAAUUUUGAUGAUUUCCAGGAUUAUAUACAUUGGGAACUAUUUGUUUAAUAGUAAACUGGAUUAAAUAGAUAAUUGUAUUGGUCAAUGAUGCGGCUGCUGUUGGUGUUUCUUUAAUAAUCCACUUACAUAAUGAAUAUAAUGAAUAAGUUCUGUUUAUUUGAUGACUAUAAAACAGAAAAUUGAUGUCUCUCUUUGGCGUAAGCCCCGUCUGAAGAAGUUGUACUCGGAUCCGUAAUAUCCUGCCGGAGAUAGGAGGCAGGGGCGAGGAGCCUACCCCCGUGCAGGACAGGACUCAACUGGUGGUGGUGGGGUGGUGGAGGUUACCAUGUUUGCACACUGUAACAGCAAUGUGUUAGAUUGUGAGCAGACUUAUAAAGCAACGGCUUAUAUGUGAUUGGCUAGGAGUUACCCUGCUAAUUGUGCAAUGAUGUACAGCUGCUAGUAUUCCCACUAGAACUAAACUGCACUUACAUUUCUAUUGCAUGACUAAGAUCAAGAUGUGAAACAAAUGUAUUCAUUUCUAUUUCAUUAACCGUACUAAGGGCACAAUCUGUAACUAUUAAGAAAUGAUUGUCAGUAAUGGAUUUGUUCAAUAGUGAACACUUUAAAAAAAAAAAAAAGUUUAGAAUUCACUCAAAUGAUCUUUAGACCUUCUGUGAAGUUUAUAAAAAUGCAAAUGACAAAUAAAAA